AUGAAUUAAAAAGACCAGAUCAUUGAAAAUUCUCCAUAGAACACAUAACUACUGACAUCUGAUAAAGAAAAUAAGAUAUAUGAUAGUAGAGUAUCGAGAAUAAUAGACUAGUUUAGAAACAGGCUAAAACUUAAGUAUACAAUUAGAGAUACCAUAUAUGCUUUCUUCCACAGGUGGGGAUGCAUUAAGAAAUACGACAGAUUACAAUAAGCGAGGGAAAUCUUAUUCAGAAAUGGCACAAUGAAAAUCAGCAAAGAGCUUGAUAUCAGACAUAUUGUAAAAGAACUAAGAACAAUUAAGUUUAUCUAGAAAGUACUAUUAACAAAAUAUUAGAGAGUAAUGAUACCUUAUUUUAAAGGAAACUUAUUAAAUGAAGUUGCCAGUAACCAAGAAAAUAAAAAUUCAAAAGCUUAAUAUAGCAAGUUAGCUGAAUUUUUAAAGUAAGCUCUGAUAUCAACCAACGAAAAUGUGUUUGAUAAGAGAUUGAUUAAAUCGAUUGAGCUAACAAAAGAGGAGUAAUAGUAACUAUAGGAAGUGUUUAAUAGCAAUAGCUAAGUUUCAAAAAGAACAUAGAAAAGCCAAAAUAUUCGAGGAAGUAAUAAUUCUUUAAGCGAUGAAAAAUAAAUUAGAAAUUAAUACAAGGAUUCAGAAAACUAUAUUGAUUAAGAUGAAUUUGAGUCUGAUUACCAAUCUCAUCAUGGAUAAAAGUAAAAAAAUUAAAAAACUAGUUCUGCUUCUGAGUAGCAUGAAAUAUAUAUACCAGACAUCUAGCCAUUAUCAAACUUGAGUAAAAGUGCUUUUGAUUUAAAAAUUUAAGGGUAGCCUAAAUAUCUUCAGAAUAUCUGA